AACAAUUAUUUGCCUCAGCGAAUAAUUGUUAAAUAUUGUGUCCCUCCAGCUGUUUCCUUUGUCAGUAGCAAUUAGCCCAUCAAGAUCAGCCUAAAUGAUGAUAUAUGCAGGCUUUCUGCUUUAGCUUUCUGCGCUUCAGGCAAUCAUGUAAAUCCAUUAAUUGAGCAAAAACCUUGAAUUUUGCCGUUCUUUUAGAAAGCGUUUGACAUGCACAUGUGAGCUGUUUUUUAUGUCUGUGUUCUAGCAAGCGUACAAUACGUUUGCGAAUGAUUUGGAGCAUGUAUGAAAAUACAAACAAAAUAGUCAAAAAAGGGAAUCGUGAUUUUAAAAGAUAUACGUACUAGAUUUAUCGAAUGGAAAACAAAAUGCGCAAAAUCUCUAGGAAAUAAAAAAAGGGGAAAAACAUGAACUAGACAUUAAUUUUUCAAACGUAUCUAAGCCAAUGCCAACUUUCUUUGUGCCAUAUUGAGGUACAUGACCUAUAAGUUUUUUUGGAACACUAGAUCUUAGGUAGCUUUUGCAUAAAACCCCGUCUACACUACACUAAGAUUUUCCUAGACGAAUAUCUCUUUUGAAGGAUGAGACAAAAGAUUUCAUAUUUCCGAAAAUUGCCACAAAAAUCGCCAGUGUAAAUGGGGCUUUAAAUUUCCGGUUACUCAUAUGUUCCUGUUAUCUGUAGCUUCGAAUGGACAGUUUUUCACUCAGAGGUGCGAUUUAUCAGAGCUUUGUUUUGAUUGGAUGAAACCGAUACCCUGUUGUGAGCAUGUGCAGUACUACUACUUUGCGUUUGCAUAUCUUUUGGUCUCCGUCCAGCUAAUUCUAAUUUCUGAUUGGGAAACUAGUAAUGGAGCUGCGAAACUGGUCCAAACGAAAAAAUAAAUCAUAAUUUGGAAGUUAAAGUAAGUUUUUACAAUAACUUGAAUUUACCGAACUCUUUCUUUUUCUCGCCAAGGCAAAAAAAAAAAAAAAGUAGGACACUGAUAAAGUACGUUGAAGCCUUUUUAACUGGUCAUUCCUCAAUCAUGAGAAACCUCACGUUUUUAGUGGCUUGAACAGAUAUUACACAAACGAACUCUACGACCGAGGCGCACUUGAGCGAGAGAGCCUAGGCUCCAGCCUAAAAGUACUGAUAGUAUCCUGGCAAUGUAAAGGAUAAUUAUUUAACUAUUGUGUUCCAACUUCCGGCUUAACUCUGUAAUCUCGUGUCAAUACGGAAGCAAUUAUCUUACGAUUUUAGUGCUUUUACUGACAUAUGGGAAUAAUAUUAUAGCAAAAAUAGAUUUCAAAUGGCAAUUUUAUCCGUAGAUCGAGAGACGAGCUACCAAGGCACUUAGUGAAUGGCUAGCUAUAGGUACUCACUAGAAUCAUUUGAGUCCUGACAACGCCGCCCGUAAAGAUGUGAUGUCAAGACGACGCCAAGGUUGGUAAAGGUUACGAGUGACAUUUAGAUUGUUGAACUUCUUGGACGCUCUUUUCAGUGGAAUUUUAGUACGCGACUGAGCUAUACACCAAAGGGGCUUGGCAGUUUUGCACUAACGCAGGUAAUAGCCGAGUGGAACCGUAAUUCAGAUGAAAGGCAAAGUUCCCGCUAAUUUUCCCAUCAAUUCUUCGGGGAAAGGCUGGUCGAACGGAUCAUUUGUCAACGACAUUACCACUACGACGAACAUGGAAUGGUUUCGAAUCCUCAAACUGUUUCUUUACACGACUAUUUUUAUGAUCAGCGCAACAGGAAACUCAUUAGUCUGUGUGAUCAUCCUUCGACGCAAGAAAAUGAAAACAGUAACUAACUACUUUAUUCUGAACUUGGCCAUCGCUGACUUGGCCUUGACGUGUAUUUGUAUUCCAUUCGACAUUCCUGUUCAGGAGAUGGACUACGCGUGGCCUUAUGGGGCUUUUAUGUGCAAGUUUCUCUAUCCCUUACAAACAUUGACUCUCUUUGCAUCGAUAUACACCUUGACAGCGGUCAGUUUGACGCGAUAUUGGGCUAUCGUUCAUCCACUCAGAGUUCAACUUAGUAUUGCCAAGACGAAAGUGGUGAUAGUUAUAAUAUGGAUCGGGUCACUUGUUCCUAUUGUGCCAUACAUGAACUCAUUGAAUCUGAAAAACAAUUCUUGUGAAGAACUAUGGAAAAGUAGCGACAUUAGAUCUAUCUAUACCGUAUGUCUUUUCGUGUUCCAGUACAUUCUACCGCUCAUGAUCAUUGCAACUGCAUACACAGGCAUUGCAGGUGAAAUGCGAAGGCGUGACAACAGCUACGAUAACUGUCCGAUGCGACAAAUGCAAGUCCGAGAGACGAGAAAAGUCGUCAAAAUGUUGUUAGUCGUGACUAUUUGCUUCGCACUUUGUGUUUUGCCCAACAAUAUCAUGUGGCUCUGGCUAGAUUUCGGACAAGCAGAUCAACACAUCUCGUACUUUUGGGAGCUCUUAGCCUUUUGUAAUAUCAUAACAUUUGCGAAUAGCGCGGCAAAUCCUAUCUGUUACACCGCGUUGAAUGACAAUUAUCGACGAGAAUUCAAGCGGUAUUUAAUAAUCAUGUUCUGUAAGAAGAAAAGUACAAUCCUCCUACGUCGUCUUAGUACGAUGACUACCUCAGUGCGCAAGUCAAUGAAUAAGUCCUCUAAGGAGGAGUACUUUGGUGUGCAGCUCGAUAAGGUUCCUCCUCGUCUUGUGGGGGUUACAGUCUAGAGGGACAAUAUGUUGCGGGACUGAAGAGUUACAGAUUAAUAAGGUUCCUCCUCGUUUUGUGGGGGUUACAGUCUAUAGGGACAAUAUGUUACGCGACUGAAGAGGUACAGAUUAAUAAGGUUCCUCCUCGUCUUGUGGGGGAUACAGUCUGUAGGGACAAUAUAUUUUGCGCGACUGAAGAGUUUCAGAUUAAUAAGGUUUUCCUCCUCGUCUUGUGGGGCUACAGUCUCGCGUGACAUUAUGUCGCGUGACAAAUCACUGUACGGGACUGUUGAGGAACAACAGAGACCUCCAGCACGACGUUCUUACUAGCCCCGCAAACCUCAAACUGCAGGGUUGUGUGAGUGUUGUGUAAAUCCUUCGAACAAAAAUAUCGCGCAACCUCUCUUUCAGGAAAGAAAUAUCGAGCAACCCCCCAAAUGCAUUCAGGGGUUGCUACGAAAAAAUAAAUACCGUGCAACCUAAAUUCCUGCAACCACCCCCUCGAUUAUCUAAUAGUCUAUCCCUUAGGUGUGUAGGUGGAUAUAUCCAACUCGCACAUUCAUACUGACGUCCUCAAACUUUACGUUACGUUCUUAUGAAUAAAAUAUUUGAUUUUCUGA